AUGGACAUAAAACUAGAACCACUUAUAAAUGAUAACAAAAUUUUAAAAAAUAAAAUCGAAAUAUUAGAAAAGAAAAUUAGAGUCCAAGAAAUUUUUAAACAAGAUUUGAAAAUUACCUUGGAAGCUAGCGAUGUAUCAAAAAUCCACCGCAUCGGUACCAUAAAAGAGAAUAAAAUAAGACCGGUCCUCAUUAGUUUUGCAAACAACUGGAAGAAAAGUGUGAUAUUAAAAAUAAAACGAGGCCUGAAAGAUGGUUACAUCACUGAAGAUUUUCCUAAAGAAAUACUAGAAAAAAGAAGGGAAUUAAAGCCGAAACUAAUAGAAGAACGUGCGAAAGGAAACACUGCAUACAUUAAAUACGAUCAACUGGUAGUGAAAGAGGGCAACCCAAUCAAAGAAAAAAGGAAGAGAGACCAAUUAACUUCGCCGGAUAACCAGAAUCAAGCCAAAAAGACAACAGUAACCAGCAAUUCUUCGUAUAUAAUAAAGGAAAAUAAAAAAACGCAUUUGAUUUGA